ACAAAAUCAGCUGCAGUUUGUGCCACGCAAAAAAAUAUCCAAAAACCUAGGCAAAAUUUACCCCAAAUCGCCGCCCUUAGCAGCCCGAAAACAAAACGAAUAGUGAUCGAACCGGUGAGCCACGCCCCCGACCGCCCCCGUCGCCCAAGAAGAGCGAAGCAGCGAAGAUGUCGUGGCUGAACAGCAGUCUCAGCACACUGAAGGGCCAGCUAACCAAUCUGGCCCAGGAAGUGCUGGCCGAAACGGCCGGACCCGGCGAUCUGGAGUACGAGGGACAUGGCCAGGACACUGAGCAGCAGGCCAAAACGGCGCUGCAGCUGCUGGCCGAGACGCAGGAGCAAAAGGAGCAGCUGGACAGGCGGUGCGAGCAGAAGGAUCGGGAGAUUGCCGCCCUGCGCCGGGAAGUGGCCAAGUGGAAGCAGGAAUCCAGGCCAGCGGCUGGCACCUCUGCGCCGAAGGAAACCCAAUUGCAGAACGAGGAACAGAAUGUGGAGGACAGCUGGUGCUGGGAGCCAGAUGGAGGCGACGGGAAGGGAUCACCGGCCGGCGGAACGUCGGGCCUGGUGGACAUCGCCCUGGGAUCCAGUGACGUGGCCCGGCUAAACAGUCGCAUUGCCGAGCUGGAGCAGCUCAACACGCAGCUGAAUGCCUCGCUGGAGGAGCUGGACUCGCAGCACGAGCUGGCCAUGCAGGAUGUGCUGGGGCACAAGACGCAGCUGGCGGGUCAGGUGGCGAAUCUCAAGCAGCUGCAGGCGGACCGCCUGGUGGAGCACGAGCUGGCCAGUGCCAGGCAGCAGAAGCAGCUGGAAGAGCUGCAACAGAAGGCCGCCGUGGCCAAGGAGCUGCAGGAGCAACUGCAGCAGCGGGUGGACCAGCAGGCGGCCGAGCUGAAACGCGGCGUCAUGGAGCUGGCCGAAAUGCAGGAGCUGCUGGACAAGCGGGGCCACGACAACGCCGAGCUGAUCGAGCGCGUCCGACUGGCCGAAACGGAGCGCGACAGGCUGCUCAAGGAUCUGGAGGAAGUGCGCCAGGCCAAGGAGAAGAAGACCUCGGAGUCCUCGUCGAACAGUUCCUCCACCGGCAAGCACAGCGAGGAUGAGUUCAUACUGGUGCGCCAGACAGAUGCCACUGGUUCUGGCUCUGGCUCCGCCUCCGAUCCCGAUGCCGAUGUCGAUCCCGAUGCCGAUGCCGAUGCCGAUCCGGAGGUCACUGAACCGCCGUCCAAGGAGAAGUUGCGCGAUCGCCUCGUCUCCCUGGAGUCACAGAUCUCGGAACUGACACUGGCCAACACACAGAUGCAGGAUGCCCAGCUGGAGAAGCAAUUAAGCAUCAAUCUGCUGGGCGAACAGCUGGCCGAGCUGGAGAAGCGUCUGCGGCUCAGCGAGUCGGAGAAGGAGCAGCUGCAGCUGGACUUGCAGCUGCGCCUGCAGCAGCUAACUGUGCAGAACCAGGAGCUGAAACUGCAUGCCGAGGCGGAGCAGGAGGGCCAUGCCCACGACCUCGAGGAGCAGCUGAGCGCCCUCAGGGAGGAGAACCAGCGAUUGCGCCAAGAACUGGACACCAGCAUAGCACAGGCCAAGUUCCGGCAGGCCAUUGCCGAGGAGAAGCAAGAGAUCACCGAUCUGGACGACACGGACACGGAGUACGGAGCCACCUACGAGCUGGACAAGUUGCGUGCUCUGCUGCAGGCCGAGGUGGAGCAACGUCUGGGCAGCUCAACCACCUCCACUUCCACCAACUCCAUCUCCCAUACGCAGCAGAAACUGGAGCGUGCGUGGAGCGCAAUCACGGAGCGGUGGCAUCGCCUGGAUCUCGUGGAGCAGCGACUGGAGGAUGUGCAGAAUCAGCAGCUGCUCACCGAGCACGAGAAGAAGACGCUCGAGGCGGACAUCUCGCAGUACAUCCUGCAGUGCGAUGAGCUGAUGAAGAACAACGAGCUGCUGCUCAACGAGCUGGACAAGUUCAAGCGCAACAAACUGGAGACCAUCGAGGAGCACCACGAGGAGACGAUCGUCCAGUUGGAGGCCCAGUUGGAGGAUGCCAGGCAGCGGCUGGAGGUGUCUCUUGCCAGCCAACGGCAGUUGGAGACCAAGCUGAAGUCCCAGCUGGAGAGGGGUCCGCUGGAGAGCGAUCUGCUGGCCAAAAUGGAGCAGAAGGUGCAGGAACAACAACAGCUGCAGGAGCAGCUCAACUCGGCCAACAAAGAGCUGGUGGAGAAAACCAAACUCCUGGCCAGAAACGAAGAACAACUGGCUAAGCUGCAGCAGCAAAGCCAGACGGACCAGGAACAACUGGCCCAAACGCUGCUCCAAAAGGAACAUGAUCUGAGGAGUCUGGAGGAGCAGCUGGCUCUCGCCAAGCAGGAAGUGGAGGAGAAGGCCAUGCAGCACAAGGUGCAGAUGGCCAAAAUCCAAGGUCAGCUGCAAGCGGACCAGGAGAAGUUGCGCGAACUGCUCCAGCUGCAGGACAAGUUGGAGCAGCAGAAGGAACUGAUGGAGGUGGAUCAGAACCAGCAGCUGAGCGCCAUCAAAAGGCAGCUGGCCGAGGUCACCACUCAACUGGAGGAGUGUCGGGAGCAGCUAAACGACCGGGAAGCGCAACUAUCGAAGCUGCAACAGCAAUGCCAAGAGGUCAGCGAGGAGAGGACAAGGCUGCAGGAGCAACUGCAAAGCAGGGAGCAGUCAAUGGACCUGGACGAUCCCAAGCAGAUCCAGGAUCUUCAGGAUCAGCUGCUGGCCAAGAAUCAGGCCAUAGAGCAGCAGCAAGCCGAACUGGCAAAGCUACAAGAAACGCUAAAGGCUAACGAAGAGGAGCUUCGGGUGAAGCAAUCACAACUCCAGAGCCACCAGGAUGCCGAACAGAGUCUGCAGCAGCUGCAGCAGACCAUCGAGGCCCUGGGCGUGGAGAAGGGCGAGCUGAUCAAGGCCAUACAGCAGAAGCAUCAGGAGAACACCCAGUACUAUGCGGAGAUCCAGCGCCUGCAGCCCUGCGAGCAGCAGCUCAAGGAUCUGGCCAAGGAGCGCGAGAAGCUGCUGGACCAGGUCGGCUUCCUCAAGGAGAAGGCCGACAUACUCACCACCAACCUGCUGACGGAGCAGACCAACCAGCGGCUGCUGCAGCAACAGCAGGCCGAGGCCCAGGAGCAGCAGGCCAGUGUGCAGCGCGACCUGGAGCGGCUGAGGGCCCAUCUGCUCGAGGUCGAGGAGCUGCACACCCAGGAGUCCGUGGAGUUGCAGCGCGAACUGGAGGAGUCGCGAUCCCGUCAAGCGAUCCUCGAGCAGCAGGCGUCCAAAUCCAGCACGGCCUACACUUCGGCCAGUAUCCGGGCGAAUCAGCAGGCGGAAACGCUGCAGGCGCAGCACGCUCUGCUCCAACAGCAGCGGGAUGAGCUGCUGGCCAAACUGGGCCAGUGCGAGGAUCGUGAGCUGAAGCAACAGGCGGCGCUCACCAAUCUCCAGUGUGCGCUGGAGCAGUUCCAGAAUGACAAAGACCACGACAUCGAGAUGGCCACGCAGCGCAUCCGGCGCGAGAUGCAGGCCCAGCUGGACAGGCAGGGCCAACUCCAGCUGGAGAUGGCUGGUCUGCAGCAGCAGCUGGCGGAGGCCAACCAGGGACUGAGGGCUGCUGCCCGGCUCUCCGAUCAACUGGAGGCCGGCCAGCAGACGAUCGCCGUGCUCCGGGAUGAAGUGGAGAGCCUGAAGGAGGCGAACGGCCAGCUGGAGCAGCGCCUCAGCAGCAGCGAGAGCAGCCAGACGGACAAGAUUGACAAGAGCCUGAUCAAGAGCCUGCUAAUCGGCUAUGUGGUCAGUGGCCAUGCCGGUGACAAGCAGCAGGUGCUGCGCAUGAUCUCCUCCGUGCUGGACUUCAAUGCCCAGGAGUCGGACAAGGUGGGCCUGAACAAGCAGCCGGGCAGCUGGUUGGGCGCCAUCCUGGGUGGCGGUUCCACCUCAACGGCGGCAGCAGGAUCCUCGCGUGGCAAUGACAACCUGGUGCAAGCCUUUGUCCAGUUUCUGGAGCAGGAAUCGCAGCCACAGGCGCAGGUGCAAUCGCGACCCACACUGCUAAGCAUGACGGCUCAAAUGGAUGUGGCCAGCUCCUCCAUCUCCACCUCCGCCGCUGCCAACUCCUCCUCCUCCUCGUCCACGCUUCCCCUGCCGACACAAGCUCGUCUACCGCCGGCGGUGCCAGCAGCGGGGAAUCCGGAUUCAGUGGCUCCGGGAACACCGCCAGUGGGCGGCGGAUCACCACAGUCCCUGGCCAUGGGCUCCAACGAGUUCGCACCCACACGCAACUCCAGCUCGAUAUUGAAAGACAUUCUCAGCGACUCCUGAUUGUUGUAGAAAAGUCACGGAUGACAUACUUCACUUCCAAACAUUUUUCGUUCUGUCGUCGCGUCUAAUUUUUUGAUUAAUUUUAACAUAUUUUUAUGAAGUUUGUAAACGUGCAAUCGGCGCUGGUAUUCCCAAACGUAUGUCCCACAUAUAUAUCUCGCUAUAUAAACAUAUAUACCUGAACGGGUCCCCAAACAAUGUAUAAUGUCACUGUGUGUAUAUAUGUGUAACGUUUAGCAAUUUGUAAAUAUGUAAUCUGCAAUUUGAACAUGUCGACAGCAGCAGUUGGAUUCAAGCACAAUGUUUUUUCCAACUUUGCCUGCCUGUGACACGCCUUCACAGCGGCCUUGCUAAUGACUAGCCGCCAAAUAAUAAACAAUUAAAUAAUAAAAUUA